AAAACUUCUCUCCCCCAUGGACCGGUUUGUACAUGAAACAUCCUCCAUUUAGGGUGCACAGGCGUUGAUUUACUCAACUCAUAUGUGGGAAAAAAAUCGUGUUUUUGUUUUUUCGGACAACUUCUGGAUGUUGCACACCUCUUGCGCUUUUUGCUUACUCCUGGUUGAACACGGUGGGCAACAUCAGCAAGUAACGUUAGCAUUAGACACUCUAGCAUGGUGGUUGAAAAUGUUGUUUUAUUAAGACAGUGUGCAUAUGUCCCCCGUUUUUUUCACCAACAAACCAUUAAAUCGAGCUAAGGAGGUUACGGACACAAGUGCAGCCUGAGUGGAGGAUGUUUUACGUACGAUCCGGUCCAUUUGUGACACCCUGGGCGGCGGGGUAGCCUAGUGGUUAGAGCGUUGGCUUAGUAACCGAAAGGUUGCAAGUUCAUAUCCUCGAGCUGACAUGGUACAAAUCUGUCGUUCUGCCCCCGAACAAGGCUGUUCCGCCGUCAUUGAAAAUAAGAAUUUGUUUUUAACUGACUUGCCUAGUUAAAUAGUAAAGCGUAAAGUAAGAUUACAAACGACGUAAAUGGAAUAAUAGCGACAUCAUGCGGUCAGUUGGGCUAAGUAUGAGAAAGCCUAACGUGAAGAUGAAGCCCGUGUUACAGUUUUACAUCUCGUGAACAAGAUUUAGUCACCACCUUUCCACCAGAAGAGAAGACAGCGCUGGCUAGCAUUUUCCAUUCGUUGAGCUGGCCGGGGAUGCUAACCGCAAUGUGUGUACAGUGAAUUUGAAUUAGCUUUUUUUUAAAGCAGUCAAUGGCCAUAAAGCGUAGUUAUAGUAAAUAUUAGCCACAUCUACCGGGCUUUUGAGAGAAGAUCUCGUCAUGUUUGGUAGAGAUGCGGAGGUCUGGCGCGCGGGCUGCCAACAAAGUCCGUCUGAAAAAACGCUGCUGUUUCCCCAGCUCUCUCGUUUGACAUAGUCCGGUCUUUGAUCCGAAGGUGAUGACAAAGCUGAAUCAUGCCGGGUAAAUUGAAAGCUAAGAUUGUGGCGGGGCGUCACUUACCAGUCAUGGACAGAGCCAGCGACCUCACUGAUGCCUUUGUAGAGGUCAAGUUUGGCAACACAACUUUCAAAACGGAUGUCUACCCCAAGUCCCUUAACCCACAGUGGAACUCAGAGUGGUUCAAAUUUGAGGUGGAUGAUGAGGAUUUACAGGAUGAGCCGUUACAGAUCACAGUGUUGGACCAUGACACUUACAGUGCCAACGACGCAAUAGGGAAGGUCUACAUUGACAUCGACCCUCUGCUGUCCAGCGAGGCUGCUACCGUCAUCUCUGGAUGGUUCCCCAUCUACGACACUAUACACGGUAUCAGAGGGGAGAUUAAUGUUCUGGUAAAGGUGGACCUCUUCAACGACCUAAACCGCUUCAGACAGUCCUCCUGUGGGGUCAAGUUCUUCUGCACAACAUCCAUCCCGAGGUGUUACCGCGCGGCGCUGGUCCAUGGUUUUGUUGAGGAGCUGGUGGUGAACGAGGACCCGGAGUACCAGUGGAUUGACCGCAUCAGAACCCCCAGGGCUUCUAACGAGGCCCGCCAGCGACUCAUCUCCCUCAUGUCUGGUGAGCUGCAGAGGAAGAUCGGUCUGAAGGUGUUGGAGAUGGGUGGUAAUGCGGUGGUGGGCUACCUGCAAUGCUUUGAUCUGGAGGGAGAGUCGGGUCUGGUGGUCCGAGCCAUCGGCACAGCCUGCACUCUGGACAAACUCAUCCCUGGGAGUGCUUCCAACACCAACACACACCCCAACACUGCCCCGGCAUCCAAUGCCUGCAACUCCCCCUCUAAGGAAAUCAAAGAGCCCGUGUUCAGUGAGGACCCAACCCACCCCCUCUCUGUCCCUCCCACCCCUCUCAGAACACUUCCUUCCUCUUCCUCUCCUCCUCCCUUCUCUCCAUCCAAGCUAUGCAGUCGCCAGUCCUCCUCCUCAGACACAGACCUCAGUCUGACGCCCAAGAUGGGGAUGGGGAGUGGGAUCAGCGUUGGGAAAGAGGCAGGGCCUCUGAAGACCCUCCUCCGGCAGCAGGCCCAAUCAGCAUUGGAACAGAGGGAGUUCCCCUUCUUCACGUUGACUUGUUUUCCCCCCGGCUUCCUGGUUCACAUCGGGGGAGUGGUCAGCGCCCGCUCGGUCAAGCUGCUUGACCGCAUACACAACCCUGCAUUGGGUAACACACGCUCUUACAAACUGCUAGACUGGAAUAGUGUUGCUGCAGACGAGCCAGAGACGAGGGACGCGUGGUGGGAGGAGAUUCGUCAGGAGAUCAAGUCUCAUGCCAAAGCCCUGGGUUGCCACGCUGUGGUGGGAUACAGCGAGAGUACCACCAUCUGGUACAUUACACACACCAUACUUAGACCAACCUCUAUUUCAAGUGAGGAGGUGUGUAUCCUGUCUGCGUCGGGCACGGCGGCCAUGUUGAAUCCCAGGUUCAUGCGUGAGGGCUGUUUGGACGCCGGCGGCAGCGACCAAAGGUUGUCAAGGCAACCACCCCUCGGCAUGGUUGGGUCGGAGAGGGCAGAGGGGGAAGUUAGCUCAUCUUGGCUGGGGUUUGAUGAUGCGUCACCCCCUAGCUGUGGAUUUUGUCACAUCCCAUAUGAUGAGUUCAACAUGCCGUUCCCAGCUCAGCUCACAUACUGCUACCACUGUAGGAGACAGAAGGUCCCUGAUGUGCUCUUUACUACCAUAGACCUACCUGCUGAGGCUGCUGUUACUGGGAAGGGCUGCCUCAUACAGGCCAGGUUGUGUCGUACCAAGAAGAAGGCCCAAGGGGAGGUGAAUGCCACAGCCAUCUCUAACCUCCUCCCCUUCAUGGAGUAUGAGCUACACACCCAGUUGAUGAACAAACUGAAGCUGCGCUGCAUGAACGCUCUGUUUGGGCUCCGCAUUCAGAUCAGUGUGGGAGAAAACAUGCUCCUAGGACUAGCUUCUGCAACGGGUGUAUACCUGUCAGCUCUUCCAGCUCCAGGUGGUAUCCAGAUAGCUGGUAAGACCCCCAGUGACCUGAGCUAUGACCAACACAUUUCAACCAUGCAGAAGCGCAUCAACGACACCAUCGCCAUGAAUAAGGAGCUCUACAACAUACACCCCCCGGAGUGUAUAGAGGAGGUGGUGGGGUCUCCUAUCCCUGACAGACAGCGGUCCAGACUGUUCAGGUCUACCUCUGAGAGUUCAGAUGAGCUGUCAGAACUAGACCUGUCCCACGGCAAGAAGGACGCCUUCGUACUGGAGAUUGAUGACACUGAUGCAGUAGAGGACAUCCAAUCCCUUCUCACUGAUGCCCCCAUGCCUGCAGGGUUUUACAGCUGUAACACGGAGGUCAUGCCUGGGAUUUACAACUGGACUUCAGGGCUACAGAUGUUUACAUCCGUCAGGGUGUACAGACUCAAUAAUGCCAAUCUGACCAACCAGGGCCUCAACAAGAUCUUCACUGACCUCUGUGAGAAUUUACUCAAGAGUCUAUACUUUAAGUUACGUUCCAUGAUCCCCUGCUGUCUAUGCCAUCUCAACUUCACUGUAGCCGUACCAGAGGAAGAACUCAUACAGGUGGCGGUGACAGCUGUAGCCAUGAGUUUUGACAAGGAGACUCAGCUGGCAGCAGACAAGGCUCUUAACAAGGGGAGUGGUGAGAAUGAAGAGCAGCUACAGUUUUCUAUGGAGCUGUGUGGAGAGUCAACGUCUUCCAACAACCAGCCUACAGCCAAACCUUCAGGUCUUCCAGAGAGUGCCAUGACCCACUCCUCAUCUCGAGACAGAUGCAGCACCUGGCUAGAGCUGCUUAGGCUGAAAGCUCACACCAUAAGACGAGGAUCAGUUAAGACAAGUAGGAGGACACAGUCGCUAGCAAACUCUGCCUCGUCCUCAGAGCGCUGCAGUCCUCUCCCAGAGGUGCGGUCCCGGUCCCUACGCUCCACCAGGUCGUUGCCAUGCGGUGCCCCUGUUACCGUGGUGAAGAUGACUCCUCUGUCCUUUCUCCCCAGGACGCGUAUAGUCAAAUACUUGGGAAUCAUCAACAUGUUCUUCAUUAGAGAGACCACGUCACUACGAGAGGAGGGGGGUGUAAGUGGGUUCCUGCAUUCCUUCAUAGCGGAGGUGUUUGCCAUGGUCCGUGCCCAUGUAGCAGCUUUGGGGGGCAACGCCGUAGUGUCAUACAGCAUGAAGGAGUGUGUCUUCAUGGAAAAUCCCAACAAGAACCAGGCUCAGUGUCUGAUUAAUGUUAGUGGUGAUGCUGUCAUCUUUGUCAGAGAAUCAGACCAGGAGGCCAUACCCCCUCUGAUUACUUGCGGACAGACCAGCACCACUGGGGCUGAUGGGACCACAUGACACACACACACACACUUGAGUCUAGCCAUCCAAAUAAUUGUGAUUUAUGUCUGCCAUAAACAGACUAAUUGAUGGAGAAAUUGUCCAUUAAGGCACUCUACAUAAGCCAUUUAGAGGCAUUAUGUAAUGUCUUGUCUGUCUGUCUGUCUGUGUCUGUCUGUCUGUCUGUUGGUGAUAUAAUAGACAUUCCAAUACAUAGUGAAGUUUUAGGCAGCUAAAAGACUGAUUGCUCUCCAUCCAGACUCAGCAGUCACUAGCCGGCCAUUCUAAAGUGUACAGGGUAGUCAUUAGUACACAGCCAUGGUAAAGAGUACCAUACUCAGUACAGCAGGGUUUCCCAAUAGGCAGCCCGUGGGCCAAAUUCGACCCGUGUGUGGUUUUAUAUCAUUUCAGAGCAAAACAAAACAUGGUUUUAUAUCAUUUUUGUUCUUUGACAUAAGACUGUAAAAUCACCAGGAAAUUAGCUCAAAGUGAUUUUAAUUUAGGAAAUCUGUUUCCAAGUAUUCACACGCAUAGCUAUAGGCAUAUGUGAUCGUAUCCUAAUAUAAUAAAAUCAAAUCGUGUGAAAUGAUUGUUUUUGUGAAAUACUAUAUCUGUUUGGGAUUCUUGUGGUCAAUUUGAAGGGUACUAAUUAUUUAUAACUAUUUUCUGGACCCCUGACCAUCUGCUCAAGGAAAAGUAGGCCCACGAUUUAGUAAUUUGGGACCCCUGCAGUACAGGGUAGCCACUACUGAAGAUGGCCAUACUAGAGAACAAAAUUGAGUUUAAUUGUCUGUCACUGUAUGACAAUGUUUUUGGCAAACAUGCACACAAACAUACACCCACCCUGUGGACAGCCUCCUGUCACACUCCUGGCUGUCCUGACUGCGGCCUCAACGGUGUCCAUACUACUGAACUCUCCUGUUUUUAACAAUCAUGUAAAUGCUGGAAAAUAAACUUAUUGCGAUGACCUCUUUUUGUUCAUAGUCUGGGUGCAACGAUAACUUUUAUUUGCGUAAAUCUACUCUAAAAUCUGAUUUUAGUAUUUUUAUAAAGUUAAAGUAUAUUAGUGGUGUCUAAUUUUGCAUGUCUAAUGAAGUCCUUGAAGUUUGAUUCAUUGUGUAAGAAGUAAGGGUACGUGAUGCGUUCUACUGUUAAUGAAUACAACCUGUUUCUCUUUCUCUGUAAGACUUGAAUAUAAAUAAAUAUAGAGUGUGUUACUUAGUGUCUAGCAGCAUGUGUCUACUAUUGCCAUGACUCUGUCAGCUUGUUGCCUGAGAUAAACAGUACUGCACAAUAAACUGAACUAUAGUGAAAAACA